AUGUCGAAUACUCAAUCCAAAAUCGAUUCGUUGCAAGAAUUAAAUUCUCAGCUCAUAGCCACGAUUGCCGAGCUUAGAAAGGAGAAUGCAAAGUUGAAGCAGAUUAUUGAGGAGAAUACAAAGCGCGAUACUCGCGAUAUUGGACAGUCACAGAAUAAUGAUAUUCCAGAAAUAAUGGUAUCAGUUGUUGAUGUAUCCGAUUCCGUAGUAGAGAAUCUCAAUAAUAAAGUUGGACGAGCAGUUACCUGUGAUAAAGCACCUAAUGAUAAUACCAACAGCAAGUCAUCAGAAAAUAAGGAAAUGGAUGCUUUCUUGAAUGAGGUGCAUAAGAAAAAGAUUAGCGACGCAAUUAAGCAGAGAAAUCGGGAAAAAAAACUUCAAGCUCAAGAUCUCAACUUGGUUACUCAAUCAUGCAAUAGCGCAACAUCCGAAGCAUCAGCUACAAAUAUUCCGGGAUCCUCUCAUUCAGAUAGUAAUGAAAUUAUUUUCCAAGACGAAACUGGUAAGAUACGUAAGAAAACGGGAGUAGAACAUAAAAAAGAUGAUUCGGGAAGUAUAAUGAAAAAGAUCGAUCAACUGAGAACAAAGAUUGAUCAACUGGGAACAACUUUAGGUGAUGUAUAUGAAUUGUCGGCACGUUCCGAAGCGUCAAAAAUCCACGGUCCACAUUAUACUUCGAAAUUUGAGAUUGUUGAUCUUAACGGAUUGGUGAGGCUUGCGUUACCGCGAAAAAUACUUCCAUCCGAAAGUCCAAAGUAUUCCUCUCAGGCAUUUGUUUCGUCAUAUCGGGUUCAUAAACUUUCAAACUAUAUUUAUGUAAAUCGAAUGCGAGAAAAACUUGAAUCAUCAAUAAAAUUUAUCCGCACACUACCAAUUAAUGAUAGCGAUUACAUCAAAAAUCUUUAUGAUCUUGCAGAAAAAGCGGGUGUUGCUCUUAAACAGUGGCGUUCUCAUGAACAUAAUUCAACAUCAUCCAAUAACAAAUUAUAUUUGGCAAACACGCCCUCAUUGGGAAUUAUGUUAAUGACGUCGUAUGUAUUAGACGCGGAAAAGGCAAUCGAAAAUAACCAGGCACCUUUCAAUACAGUUUUAGACGUUGAUUUUCGCGGAAGAACAUGUGGUUCUAAUAUGUCAGACAUGACAGUUGAAUUGGGUGAGAUUAAGCUAUCAAGUGGAAGUAAAGCGAUAAAGAAGGCCUAUCGACAGUUAUUAUUACGGUUGGCGGUUCUUGGCUUUGUAAUUGAAGCAAUGGGUGAUGAUUUUAAAUGUAAUCUAAUUGGAAAAAUAUUUGUUCCGAGAACCUCUGAAAUUGAGAUCCAAUCCAGUUGGAAAGAUGGCAUCACAUUCCCCAGUUCCACUAAUUGUCAUGUAGAUAUCGUUGUAAUAGGAGAAAAAUACUAG